AUGCACAAGCUCAUUACCAUUUCAAGAAGAACCAAGUUAGUACAACAUAUUACAUGUAUAAGGCUCUACACUAUGACCGAAGUACCGAAAAGUCCAACCUCAUCCAAAGUCGUCACAACCUCACCGCCGCAUCUGCCGUCACUACAUCCUCAACAAUCUGCCCCUACAUCCCCAUUUUCACCACUACAACCUGAACUGAAGGAUGAAUCUGAUCGAAAAGAGAUCACACAGCAUCAACAACCACUACAACAGGAACCACAAACCAAACAGCGCAAGCCUCAAACGGCCGAAGAAUUUGCUCACCAACUUGAUCUUUGGAGAGCAUCUGGACCCCAGAUCAACACCGAAACCUGGCUUUACGAAGAUGUAGAAAAGCUCAAUCCUAUAGAAAGCAAAGUCGAUAGUGCUAAACUUCUUCAUGCCUGUGAAAAGGCAUACUACUUACGUGAUUGGAACCAAUGCUUGUUAUUGUGCAAUGUAGGAGCCAAGCUAUUUGCUGUUGAUUUGGAUGAAGUUGGAGAUGCGAUGAAACAGGAUUUGCAACUGACUAGCAGGCGAAAACGAUUGGGUAAAAAACAUGAGAGAAGUGUCGUUGAUUUGUUUGAUAUAAAGCAAAGAUGUUUGAGUCGAAUGAAGGAGCUUGAAGCUGAGCUGACUAUACACUCAUAA